CGAAGGAAAGCGGCGGGAUGGACGCAACCAUCUGCGGGAGGAAGGGGGGAGGCGACCGCAAUUCCAGAAGAGACGCGAGAAGGACGAAGAGUCAGUAAUUGGAACGAGAGAUCCUCUACACAACCCUCUCAGUUCUGAGUUCCGCGCUCUGUGCCGCCCAUGGGCGCCGUGCGCCCGCCAACCGCUCGGGCAUCUUCCCUGGGGUCCCCUCCCGUCGGUGCCGGCCCACCCGGAGGCGGUGGGAAUGGUGGCUAGGCUUCCUUCCGGCUUGCUGGCGGAGGCCGGAAGUGGCCGUUCUGGGGCAGCUGGAUAGUUGUUGUUAAGUCGGUGAGAGCGGCAGGCAGAGCAUCGCCGAGACACCCUCGAUUCUCGCGGCUGGGCAGGGAUUUAACCACCACCAUGUCGAGCAAAAGGGCAAAGACCAAGACCACCAAGAAGCGCCCUCAGCGCGCAACAUCCAAUGUGUUCGCCAUGUUUGACCAGUCCCAGAUCCAAGAGUUCAAAGAGGCCUUCAACAUGAUCGACCAGAACCGGGAUGGCUUCAUCGACAAGGAGGACUUGCAUGACAUGCUGGCUUCAAUGGGAAAAAAUCCAACUGAUGAAUAUCUGGAUGCCAUGAUGAACGAGGCCCCAGGCCCCAUCAAUUUCACCAUGUUCCUCACCAUGUUUGGAGAGAAGCUGAAUGGCACAGAUCCCGAGGACGUCAUCCGAAAUGCCUUCGCGUGCUUCGAUGAGGAAGCAACAGGCACCAUCCAGGAGGAUUACCUGAGGGAGCUGCUGACAACCAUGGGCGAUCGCUUCACAGAUGAGGAAGUGGAUGAGCUCUACAGGGAGGCCCCCAUUGACAAGAAGGGCAAUUUCAACUACAUCGAGUUCACGCGCAUCCUCAAGCACGGAGCAAAAGACAAGGACGACUAAAGAGCUCCAAAUUCCAGCUACAUGUUCCCUGUUGCCACUUGGGGUAUUUCUGAGGUUUUUCUCCUAGAACCCGGUGCAUGCCCUAGCUUACUGCUUUGUGCCUGUCUUGUUUUGUAUUUAUAUAAUCUCAGCCUCUUUGGGCCACGUGUAUCUUUAUAAUCAGACUGGACAUGGGACUUGGUGUCGUUAUCCACCCAGAAAGUAAGGUGACGGGACUUACAGGCAGCCUUGUCCCCUCCUGUGUAAUAACUGCAGCCCACACAGAGUCAAUAUAUUUUUUCAGAGAAAGUUAUCCACUCAAGUUUUUCUGAAUGAUAAUUAAACUUUCUUGAUAAAAUA